AUGGGAGUUAGGGUGUAUGUUGAGCUUAAGAGGAAAAAAAGUGUUUUGGGGAUGUAUCCAUUGUGCGUUAGUAUUACAGAUAAUGAUGUUGAGGAGAUUGCAACUGGUGAGUGUGUUUUUAGAGAGGAUGUGCUUCAACUUGGAUACGAUGAUAAUUUGGAGGAUAAGGAUGAGUAUGAUUCUAAUGAAUUCGAUCUGUCAAAUUGUGGUAAGCUUGUUGUAUUGUUCGAGAACGACAACAAAUUGAUUAUUUCCAACGCAGAACAAAAGGAAAUUUUUGUAGAUCAAAUUUACAAGGAUAAGGAUACACUGAAACUUGUAAUGGCAAAUUAUGCUAUUCGCGAACGAUUUAAUUUCAAAACUGAGAGAUCAAAUGCUAUAAGCUAUACAGUCGUAUGUAUGUCGCCUGAAUGUGAAUGGAAAUUACGAGCGUCAAGUGUUGGAAAAUCUGAAAUGUUCAGGGUUAGAUAUUUCCAUGACGAACAUACAUGCCCUUUGAAGGAAAAAGUAUAUUCACAGAGGCAAGCAACAAGUUGGUUUAUUGGGGAAUCGGUUGUUAAGCCGAAAAUAGCAAACCAUAAGAGGAAAGUCAGCCCUGGGGAUAUAAUGGACGACGUAAAAAAUGAAUUCGGCAUAGAUGUUUCUUACAUGCUGGCCUCACUCAAAGCAUUCAUAAAGGGAUUCGAGUGUUGUAGACCAAUAGUGGUAGUGGAUGGUGCACACCUUAAAAGCACGUAUAAUGAUACAUUUGUAUCCGCAAGUACUUUGGAUGGUGCACGUAAUAUUCUGCCACUAGCAUAUGGUUUGAUAGAUUUGGAAAAUGAUAAGUCCUGGACUUGGUUCUUUGAGCAGUUCAAGCAAGCUUAUGGGAUUAGGGAUAACAUGUGUGUCGUGUCCGACAGACAUGAAAGCAUAAUCAAAGCGAUGUAUCGGGUGUAUCCUACUGUUCCUCAUUUGGCCUGCAUAUGGCAUUUGUGGAAAAAUGUGACUAAAAAAUACAAGUCGAAUGAUGAAGUAUUGAGUCCUGUGUUUUAUUCACUUGCCCAUAAAAAGUUGUGA